AUGGAUAAUAAAUCAGCUCCAACAACGCCAGGUGUUUCAGGUGUCGAUGAAUGGCAUGAUGCAUCAGCAGAAAGCAGUCCAACAAACGAAGAGUCUUCGUCGAAAAAAAAAGCAAAUACCGGAACAGUUGAUAAACGUUCUAUGCAAUUUAGUGGUAGUCUUGAUAUAAAUGUGGACUUGAAUUUAGGUCCUGCACCGCUGUCUUACGAAGAAAAGGCAAUCCAAGAGCGGGAAAAUUGUGAUUAUAAAACAAAAAUCACCUUAGACAUGGCGAAAAGUGGAACAGCACCACGCAAAAUUCGUAUUUAUGCUGACGGCAUCUAUGAUUUAUUUCAUGCUGGUCAUGCUCGACAAUUAAUGCAAGCCAAGAACAUCUUUAAGAACGUUUAUCUACUUGUUGGUGUUUGUAAUGAUGAUUUAACACAUAGUAAGAAAGGCAAAACAGUUAUGGACGAAGCAGAACGUUACGAAAGUGUGCGACAUUGUCGGUACGUCGACGAAGUCGUCAUUGAUGCACCUUGGGUACUUGACGAUGAGUUUUUAACACAAAAUAAAAUCGAUUUUGUUGCUCAUGAUGAAAUCCCAUACGGUGCUGAAGGCAGCGAUGAUAUUUAUCAACAUAUCAAAGCUCGUGGUAUGUUCGUUGCAACUCAACGUACCGAAGGUGUCUCAACAUCUGAUAUUAUUUGUCGUCUUGUUCGUGAUUAUGAUAUGUAUGUUCGACGAAACUUAGCUCGGGGUUACUCGGCUCAAGACUUGAAUGUUGGUUUUCUCAAGAAGAAUCAACUGGAAUUGCAAACACGUUUGGAUACAGUGAAAUCAAAAUUUCGUACAUAUGAGGAAGAAUCCAAAACAUUUAUGGAACGAUGGGAGGACCGGAGUAAAGAAUACAUUCAUAGUUUUAUUAGUUUGUUCGAAAAAUCAGGUGUUUUGCAUUUACUUCACCGUUCUCAAUCACCAUCUAUGAUCGUCGGUGGUCACAGUGGUAAAAGUGACACUGAAGAUGAAGAUAUUGCUUCUCAAAAGAAAUCAUCCAAAUCAACGCAUGAAACAAGAUAA